AUGAUGAAGAAUAAUUGUAAUUUUCUUGACAAUUUUUUUGUCAAUUUAGUACCUUUUUUUGCAGAGGAAGACAAACAAAAAGAGCUGACAAAGCCCAAGGUUUCCAGGUACUUUCAACAGUACACUGACCUCUUUGGCAAAAUAAAUUGGAGUGAGCUGGUCAACAAUGAGCUCAUGAACCACAUGGUUAAAAUUGAGCAGACGCGCCAAUGUCUGGAGAGGAACAACGGUGAUUCCUAUACUGGGCUUCUGGAAUAUUUAUAUAAAGAAGACUCUGCAUCAACUCUUGAAGAGAUCAUCCAGCAGUAUGAUUUCAUUCUGAAGUGGAAAGAGGCCAGACACUUGAGGGACGCUAUCAACUUCAUCUAUGCCAAUGUAAUUCUGGCCAACAUAAACCCUGAAUCUCAGUAUAUCAUUCCCUACCAAGACCUUCGCAACUUACUAAUUAAAAUAAUCGACCAGCCUACACCCUUCAGUGAGAUCUUGCCAUUGCACUACAUCACAGUUUUAUUGUUACGGAAAGAGGAGGACUGUACAUUACCACCUUUUGUGUCACAAAUGAAGCUGUCAUAUUUACAAGACCUGAGACCUGUGUCUAAUGGAAAGAGAGCAGCUGUCCAUUUUUACUUAGGGAAAGACAAAGGAUACGGUGGCCUGAUUUCUCAUAGGGAUAUAAACCACUGUUUAGGAUCUGAGCAGAAUAUCUCAACUAAAUGGAAUGAUGAAAAAAUGUGGAAGCGAGUGAGAGACUGUGAGAAACUUUACAGAGUUUCUGGUCAAAUUUGUGGUGGUUUUAUCAGUGCUUUAGAUGUGAAGGUCGAUCCAAUGUUCAGAAGCCAGUUACCUAAAGAAUCUGACAGAAGAGUGUCAUUCUUCAUCGGAUUCUCAAUGAAUGGACCAGUUGCACUUGACAUAGACUUUGAGUCAUAA